UGUACACUUAUUAUUGUUUAUAACUAGUAUUUAAAUUCUUUUAUUGAUAAUGAUGUAAAUUAAAUAUAACUGCUUAAAUUAUUUUCCUAAUUAGAAAAUGUUGAGAAUUCUGAAGAUUUGGUUUGUUGUACAUGCAGUACAAAGAUGUUUGGGAGGAACCAGUGCAACUACAGAUGUCAGAGAACAGGUAUUCUACCAAGAGCUUGUGGAGCCAGCUAAUAUUCGAUUUACAGACGAUUCUCAUCUACACAUGAGCGUGAUCCUAUCCAACAUAAAACCUGAAAAUGAUGGGACUGUUCCCAAAAUUCUCAAGAAUUUACGUUUGUUCUCCAGAUCCCUCCUAGAACACAGUGAGGGUACACCACUUCAUAUUAUGUUUAUAACUGAUGAAAAGUCCAAGCCCCAGAUUCAAAAAGUUGUCCACGAAGAAAUAGGUCGUCAUCUCUCAUAUCACGUGAUCAACGCGUUAUUUAUUCUAACAAAAGACAGAAAAUUUCCGAGAUCUUUGAAAGUUGAAUUCGUGAAACUAGAAGUUUUUUCAACAAAAUACAAACAAGAAAUAGAGGACAUGAGAACAUAUUUUGGAAUCACAGGGGAGGAUUAUGAGGAAGUGUAUGAAGAUGGUUCAAAAAUGUUUUUCCGCCAUCACACAAAAUAUAAGCAGGAUCUAUUCUAUAUUGGACCUAUGUAUCAUCUUGAGUUUCCUGAUGAAAUCAAGAUUUUGAUGGUGCUUGAUGUAGAUCUAGAAUUCAAAAUUGAUCUUUUGGAAUUGUGGAAUGAACACAAAAACAUGAAGAAAGGUGAAGUGAUUGGAGUAGGUCCGGAACUGACAAGGUAUUACAGAAUACGAACAGAAUUAUUCAUCCAGGAAAAUCCAGGAACUCUUGUCGGUCAACCAGGGAUAUGGCAGGGCUUCAACAGUGGGGUCGCACUGUACAACCUGGAGAAUAUCCGAGAAAGUCAGCUGUUUAAUCAGCUGAUUAAUCCAGAGUUUUACAAAAUGGUUACCGCCAAAUAUGUUCCAGGAGGAUUAGGAGAUCAGGAUCUGUUCACAAUGAUGGGUUGGGAGUAUCCUCAUCUAUUCUAUAAUCUACCAUGUCAAUAUAAUUACCAAACCUACCGUGAUAUUGACUCUACGCAGUCGAGUUUAGAACAAGAUGUAAAGGAAGACGACCCUGAGUAUAGAAAUUGUAAAAGUCAGGGGAAAAUAAUCCAUUUAAAUGGACUUAUUGGCCAUGUCGACUAGAAUUAUGAGAUUUUGGAAUAUUUGUAAAAAUUUCAUUUGAGUCUUUUUUUCAGUUAAGUAAGUGUUCUUUUACUUUAAUAUUAAAAUGUGCAGUCCAAUAAAAAACAAAUAAAAAAGCAACGUUUUUUUCUGGGUGAACAUAGGUUUUAAAAUAAAAGAUCUUUGUGAUUUUAACCUUGAUGUUUUGGGACACUGAAGUAUUAAACCUUAAUUUUUUUCUAAAUAAUUUUUUACAUUUUGUUCCAAAAUUAAUGU